AACGCUAGUGUUGUUCUUGAUGAUAACACUAAUAAUGCUUCUCUUGUUGCUGCUAAUGAUGCUUCUUCUGAUGUUGUUAAUGAUGCUUCUCUUGAUGUUGCUAAUGAUGCUCCUCUUGAUGACACAACUAAUAGCGUUACCAUUAAUAAUGCUGCUGAUAAUAUUGAUGAACCUGAGCAUAUGAAAGAGGAUACUAAUAUUGUCAAUAAUGGCUUAGAUGCUGAUCUUGAUACUGUUACUGUUUCUCAAAAAGCUGAUGAUGAUCAAGUUGACGUUAAUAGUGAACUUGAUGAUGCUGAUAAUGCUUUGUCUAGUACUAGUGAUAAUAUUGAUAUCCCCAAUUCAGCUGUAGAUUAUCCCAUGAAACAUGAAUUUGACUCUUUAAGUGCUUGUAAUAAUAAUAGAGUUCUUGAUGAAUCAACUGAAAAUGAUAAUAUUAUUAUGAUCCCUUCAAAGUCUAUGGACACUGUUACUAGUAUUGAAUCUACCGCUACUAUUAAUACCACUGGUUCUCAGGCCUACAAUAAGGAAAUUACUAGCUCUCGAGAAGAAUACAUUUCUCAUUUGAAAACUAUUAUCCCUAAUGUUAAUGAUAUUGCUUCUUGCGAAGAAGAUGAACAACCUAUUAUCAUUCCAUCUGAAGUUACAUCUGCAAUGUCAAUGGAUGAAUCACAAUUAUUGGAAUACCAGAAUCAAAACCAAUCUUUGUUAAAUAAUACUCCCUCUUCUGAUGCUAAUACUGAUUCCUUGACUAAUGAUAAUAACCAUAUUCCUUCUCCUGAACUUAUGGUAGAUACUACUUAUGAUGCUGCUACUUAUAUCUCUUCCCCAUCUGAAUCCUCUAGCUUAUCAUUACAAUCAGACAAGGAUAUCGACACUAUGCCUAUUUCUAAUGUUGCUUACUUCAUUCAAGAGGCUAAUAAUACAAAAAAUAUUGCUGAAAUUGAAAAGCCAGUAAAUUUAAAUCUGAUUGACACUAAGCCAACUGCUAUUGUUCAUUCUAAAGCCGAAGAAAAUCUCGGCUUGUCAUCAAAAGAAACUUCUACUACUGAGCCAAUUACUGCUAACUGUAUAUAUUAUCCUCAUUGUACAAACAAAAGAUGUAAAUUUGUUCACCCAGGCAAUGAUAAUGUUAUGCCACCAAAGAAAAAAUCAACGGCUGGUAACUCCCAGAAUGGGAGAAAUAAUACCAAAAAAACCAUGACCUGGGCAGAACGAAUCGACAAGCAAGCAAGACCACAUCCUCCUAUUUGGAAAUCUCGUUGUGUACAUUGGCCAAAAUGUACAAAUAAUAAUUGCAAGUAUUCUCACCCAAGCAAACCUUGCAGGUAAAGUACUUUUUUUUGUUAUAUUAAUAUUUAAUACAUCUUUUUCUCACUUUAUAAUAAUAUUAUAGAAUGGGUGAGAGCUGCAAUUUCAAGGAGAGAUGUAUGUUCCUACAUCCUUGUGAUUUAAUGGAACCUAUAAAACGUAAUAAGAAGUAGUCUGUCUUGUUCGUUAUAUGUCUGUUCUUUUACCCCUUCCUUCUUCCUCUCCUCCUCUCCCUAUGAAAUUGUAUUUAAUUUUAAUCUUUAAUUUCUUGAAAAAAAUAUUUAUAUAUUUAUUCCCUUAAAAAAAAAAAAAAGAAAAAAAAAAA